CGCGGCUUAAAUUUUGAAUCAUCCCCUUAUCGAUAAUAACUCGAUAGCACAACAUAUGUUCUUGAUGUUAACAGUACAGGGUGUUUAGAGUACUUGAAAGAUUUAUUCAGUUUUGAGAUAAAGCAAUCCAAGAAAUCGUCUAUUUAUUGUUUAUCUACAGUCAAAAACUUGAACGACAAGAAUUUCAUGGAAAAAUGCAUGUUCUUAAUUUGCAUGGCCAGAUCCAGGAUGUCGAGGGCUUCCAAAUAAUCCCACACUACUCACUAGAAGCGUGGUAGCCCCAACCAAAAUAGUCUUACAAAUUUUGUAGUUAAAUGUAAUGUCCUACAAUCGUGAAGCAAUGGAGGAAAUCUGUCGUGUUUGCCUGGGGAACCACGAUAACAUGGUCAAUAUAUUCGGAGGUCCACAAUACUUUGAAGCGCCUAUUUCGGAUAUGAUUGCUCAGUGGUCCGGCUAUCAAGUUAUGAAAGGCGACUCACUUCCUGAAACGAUAUGCCCCACUUGCUUGGAAGAUGCACAAUAUGCAUUUAAGAUUCAAGAAACUUACGAGAUUAAACAAGAACUAGUAAAACUUGAGAAGGAUUUACCGGAGGAGAAGUUCUGCAAAACAUCAUACUGUGAAAGUGAAACAUCAAGCCAAUUUCAAGUCAAGGAAGAGAUAAUUGAACAAUUAUCAAAUGAUGAGAAGACAACCCAACAGUUCCAAUGCCUACCGAUAACCGUACCAAUAGAACUAGACUUAUUUGAGGAUGAAAUCCUUAAGGUAUCCGUUAGUGAAACAAAUCAAUCAGAUUUCAAUAUUCAAGAGGAUGGAGAAAGUGAGGUGUUAGUGGGUGAAACAGAUCUUUCAGAUUUCCGUAUUCAAGAGAUUGAAGUCGGUGAGAUAUCUCUUGGUAAAACUGUUGAAUCCGAUUGCUUUAUUCAUAAGGAUGAUCUCAAUGAGAUUUCAGGUAGUGAAACUAAUCAAUCCGAUUGCUAUAUUCAAAAGGAUGAAGUGAGUGAGAUAUUAGUAUGUAGAACUGAUCAAUCAGAUUACCAUAUUCAAGAAACUGAAGUUCUUGAUUCCAAUCAAAAUACUGAGAAUGACAAUAAUGAAUGGGAUCUUAGCAAUGACAAACUGUCUUUUAGUUGUCCGUACUGUCCAAAGACCUUUAAACGCAAAUGUACUUUGAAAAUGCACCUUCUUAGUCACCGAGGUAAGUCACCUCAUAAAUGUUCUGACUGUCCGAAAUCUUUUUCACGACGUUGGGAUCUUCAAAUGCACACCAAGGUACACACGGCGGAGCGACCGCAUAAAUGUGUCCACUGUCCGCUGGCUUAUAAAAUUGCAGCAAGUCUAAAUCGACACAUUGUAAAAUAUCACCCAGAAGAUGUCCGAGCUCCCACGAAAAAAACAUCGCUUAACUGUUCUUACUGUUCAAAGAUCUUUUCGAAACCUUCAGCUCUGAAGAUUCACAUUCGGGUUCACACGAAAGAGCGUCCGUUCCAGUGUUUGCAUUGCCCCAAGACUUUUUCAUUGAAGAACUAUUUGACGGUACACGAAAGGACUCACACUGGGGAACGGCCAUACAAGUGUAGUCACUGCUCAACGUUUUUUUCUAGUGCUACACAUCUCAGUCAUCACCUCCGAGUACACAAGGAAGAACGGCCGCUUAAAUGUAGUCAUUGCCCAAAGACUUUUAAGCAUCCCACUUCACUUAAGGUGCACAUACGUAUUCACACCGGGGAACGUCCGUAUAAAUGUGAACAUUGCCCAAAGGCUUUUAAAGAUCUCUCCUCUUACAGAGCGCACGCAGUGGUCCAUUCGAGGGAUCAAGCUGCUUUUAAGAUGCGUAAAAAGACCUCGAUUAAGCCGUUCAAAUGUUCACAAUGCCAAAGGUGUUUUACGACAAAAGGAGAUCUUGGGCGACACAAUCGAAUUCACACGGGGGAAAGACCGUUUAAAUGUCAAUAUUGUCCAAAGUCUUAUAUAGCUAAGGCCCCUCUUCAGGUGCACAUCCGUCUUCACACAGGCGAAAAACCAUUUAAGUGUCAGUACUGUCAAAAGUGUUUUAAGCAAAACAGCGAACUUAGGCGACAUAUCCUGUGUCACACGGGAGAAAGACCCUAUAAAUGCGAUUAUUGUCCAAAGUCUUUUAAGGAUUUAACUUCUAUCAAGGUACAUGUUCGUUCCCACACGGGGGAGCAUCCGUUUAAGUGUUCCCACUGUCACAUGUGUUAUAAGCAAAAAGUCCAACUCAACCGACACAUGCAGACGCACAUGGGCGACACUACCGAAUAACUCGUAUCUUAAGAAGUACAUUCUAACUCACUUUAAGAUAGUUUAAAUAUUUUAAUAAUUUUUUUAUUUUUAUACUCAUGUUAUUUUAAUUGUAAUAUUUUUAAAGUACACACAAAUAGAAUAAUCUCAAUAAAUAAUUUAAACAAUUUAACUAUUGUAUAUAAACGCCUGGAUUAAGCUAAACAGAAUUUAAAUUGAAGGUAGAAGUUUUGCGGAAGUAAUUUCAAUACUUUAUGUUUUAUAAAAUUUAAUUUAAAUGUAAUCCCAAUAAGUGCUAA